CGCUUUUAAACUGCAGGGACAUUUGACCGAGCGGAAGUAAAUCCUCUGUUUAUUCUUUGUAGGCUCUGUGUGCUGGGUUUCCUCGAGAGUCGCCUCACAUUAAUCGCAGUUUGCAAAAGAUGGGACGCAGAAAGUCAAAGAGAAAACCCCCUCCCAAGAAAAAGAUGACCGGAAACCUGGACACCCAGUUUACCUGCCCCUUCUGUAACCACGAGAAAUCAUGUGACGUUAAGAUGGAACGAAGUCGAAAUACGGGGAUAAUAUCCUGUACCGUGUGUCUAGAAGAAUUCCAGACACCAAUAACUUAUCUCUCAGAGCCGGUGGACGUGUACAGUGAUUGGAUAGAUGCUUGUGAAGCAGCCAAUCAGUAGUUUUGCUGGGUCAAAUGUCACAGACGACCAAAUACACUUAAAGACUUUUGUUUGUUUUAAACUCCUGUAUUGAUUCACUGUUCAGUCUUGUAUUGAAGCUGAAAGAAUGAUCUAAUAAAGCCACAGAUGGAGGUUCAGGCAACACUGAGAUGAUGAACUCAAAUUCAGCAUUUCCCUUUUGUUUAGUAUUACAGAAAUGCUGAGAAAAUGCAACGAAUUAAUUUCAAAAUAGCUGUUUUUUUUUCUGUUUUCAUUUGUUUCUAAUCUUUUAGUUUGUUUUGUUUAUUUUACAAUGUAGGUUUUUAUAAUACCAUGUAGUGUCAAUAAAACGUUUGCAUAUUC